AUGAAUCAGCAAGAAGCUGCGAGUACUCUUGAACUUGAUCUGAAACUAAAUAUACUGGAUUCAUCUUUGCCAACUGAGUACCCAUCUUCAUCAUUGUGUUCGGAGGAAGCUGAAGUUGAAGGAGGAGAUGCUAAAUCAAUGGUGGUCGUUGGUUGCCCUAAUUGCAUCAUGUACAUCUUCAUGUCUUUGGAGAGUAGUAACCCUAGAUGUCCUAGAUGCAACAGCCAAGUUUUGUUUGAUUUUCUCAAAGGUCACAAGAGCAAGAAGAAUGGAAACUAA